AUGAGUGGGGGUGAUCAAUGGAAAUAUCUCUACAAGGCGCUAUCGAAGCCUGGCCCAUUUUCUGACCCCGACUGGGUUCCUGGAGAUGAGACUAUAAAAUCUUUAGAAGAAUCAAAAAUCUUGGUGAUCGGAGCUGGUGGUCUGGGAUGCGAGAUCUUAAAGAAUCUUGCCCUGUCGGGCUUCAAGGAUAUCCACGUCAUUGACAUGGAUACCAUUGAUAUUUCUAACCUAAACCGGCAGUUUCUAUUCCGCCAGUCUGAUAUCGGCAAACCAAAGGCAGAGGUUGCCGCUUCAUUUGUUGAGAAACGAGUCAACGGAGUUAAGAUCACGCCUUUUGUGGGCAAGAUCCAGGACAAGGAUGAAGACUACUACAUGCAGUUCAAGAUUAUUAUCUGUGGACUCGAUAGCAUCGAAGCAAGGCGAUGGAUUAAUUCGACGCUAGUGGGGAUGGUCGACAUGGACAACCCAGAGAGCCUGAAGCCUCUCAUUGAUGGUGGUACCGAAGGAUUCAAGGGCCAGGCGCGUGUUAUUUUACCUAGUCUUACGUCAUGUAUCGAGUGUCAACUUGAUAUGCAUGCCCCCCGCCCAGCUGUGCCGCUUUGCACCAUUGCUACUAUUCCCCGCCAGCCUCAGCACUGUAUUGAAUGGGCGCACCAGAUAGCUUGGCAAGACAAGCGUAAGGAUGAUACGUUUGAUAGUGACGACAUGGAACAUAUCGGCUGGGUAUAUAAUUCUGCACUUGGACGUGCCAAAGAAUUUAACAUACCUGGAGUCACAUUUCAGAUGACACAGGGUGUGGUGAAAAACAUCAUCCCGGCUAUUGCGUCUACGAAUGCAGUUAUCGCAGCUGCCACAACAUCUGAGGUGUUGAAGAUUGCGACAUCCUGCAACCCGUUCUUAGAGAACUACAUGAUGUAUGCUGGAGAGGAGGGUGUUUACACCUACACCUUCGAAGCCGAAAAGAAGCCGGAUUGCCCUGUAUGUGGAUCUCUUGCGCGUAAGAUAACCGUGAACGGAAAUGCAACAUUGGAAGAAUUUAUCGAAACGCUUGGAGAAAGGCCGGAAGCGCAGCUCAAGAAGCCAAGCUUGAGGACGGGAGAGAAGACACUUUACCAACGUUUCCCGCCCCAGCUGGAAGAGCAAACUCGACCACACCUCAAGUUGAAGCUCCGUGAUCUUGUUGCGGAUGGUCAGGAAGUUGCUGUCAGCGACCCAGCAUAUACCAUCGAUUUCAGAUUCCAAUUGAUUUUCGGUUAG